GUGAACAAGUCAGAAGGAAUGAUCAUAACAAACCGGUGGUUUUAUGUCACUUUGGACAGAUCUGACUCCAUAGUAAACAUUAUUGCAACUAAAGGAGCUGCACCAGAACCAUGGCUGAGAAAAUAAACGAGGCCCAUGAGCAUAUGGCUAAAGCGGAGAAAUACUUAAAGACCAGCUUUAUGAAGUGGAAACCGGAUUAUGACAGCGCUGCAUCUGAGUACGGGAAAGCAGCUGUUGCUUUUAAAAAUGCCAAACAACUUGAUGAAGCAAAAGAGGCUUAUUUACAAGAGGCAGAAGCUCACACAAACAACAGAACUCUUUUCCAUGCAGCAAAGGCUUUAGAGCAGGCAGGGAUGAUGCUGAAGGACAUGCAGAGGCUGCCCGAGGCAAUUCAGUACAUAGAGAAAGCCAGUUUGAUGUACAUAGAGAAUGGCACACCGGACACUGCUGCCAUGGCUCUCGACAGAGCUGGAAAGUUGAUUGAGCCUGUGGAUUUAGCUAAAGCUGUAGACCUCUAUCAGAAAGCUGCAUCAGUGUUUGAGAAUGAGGAACGUUUGCGUCAGGCUGUGGAGCUGCUUGGCAAAGCGUCUCGGCUCCUUGUCAGACAAAAGAAAUUUGAUGAAGCAGCACUGGCAAUCCAAAAGGAGAAGAACAUGUACAGAGACAUUGAGAAUUACCCCACAUGUUUUAAGAAAACCAUCGCACAAGCGCUGGUUCACCUACACAGAGGAGAUUUUGUAGCGGCUGAUAAGUGUGUGAGGGAAAGCUACAGUAUCCCAGGAUUCAGUGGAAGCGAGGACUGUGUUGCUCUGGAGCAGCUGUUGCAGGGAUACGAUCAGCAGGAUGACGAGCAGGUGGCCCGUGUCUGCAACUCGCCACUGUUCAAAUACAUGGACAAUGACUAUGCCAAGCUGGCUAUCACUCUCAGCGUGCCUGGUGGAGGGAAGAAAAAGAAGGCUGCUGCUGCUUCUGGAGACGGAGGAGUCGUGAGCAGUGGAGCUGAUAAACCUGAAGAAGAGGAGGAUGAGUACGCAGGAGGACUCUGUUAGUUAGGUAGUCGUCUACAACAUUGCUGCUCUCGGUAUCCAUUUUCAGCCACAAGGAGAAUUUAUUUAUUUUUUCCCAGUACUGUACAUCUUGUUGUUGGGGAAAUCAAAAACAUCUUCAUGUACUUUAUGUUCUUUAAUGCUUGAUCAGGAAUCGUUGAUUUGAGACAUAGCCAAAAUGAGUUAGAAUAAAGAAAGAUCCACUCUGAUAUUAAUUUUUAAAAGGAACCUGCUCUUUUCAGUUGCAUCAAAGGUUUAUUUAUUUUUUUUAUUGAUAGAUAAAUGCAGCAUCAACCAGAAAAUUGGCACAUCAGUGAGUAAGUACAUCACAAAUAUUUCAAUAUUAAUGUGUUUCAGGGUGGAGCUUAAUUAUUAUUUUUUUAAUUCAUAUUGUGUAUUACUUGUGAAGGUGACACAUUGUUGCUCGAUGCCUCUGAGAUGAUUCCUGAUUGAAGCAUUAAAGGUCUGCUUCCUUUAUGAUGGGAAGCAGGGUGUAGUACAACAUUCAAGAGCAGCUUUACAUGCAGGGUGUUGUUUCUGUUACAGCACCACGUCUUUCUCCGUAACCUCAGCAUGGAUUGAUCUGCCUUAUGUAAUACAUUUGGGAAAAACGGAUACACAGUACAUACAUUUAACAGCAGCAGAGUACUGACACUUAAGCAUGAUCGUUGCAUUCAGUUAUAACAGUAAUGAUUCACAGAUUCAUGUCCUGGCUUUUUUGGAAUUUCCUAACACACAAGAGUAAUCUCAUGUUUUUAUAAAGGUCUAUAAUAAUAUGUUUUGUCAUGUGUAAUAUGUUUAUGAAGAAUAAUAAAAUAAAAAUAAUCUUAACUAUAAUCUACUAUAUAAGUGUUUUGUAGUUAUAUGAAAUUAAAAGGUUAUUACAAAUAAUAUAACUUGUAUUUUUUGUUUAGGUCAUGGUAAAAUGCUGUGUGAAGGUUAAUUUAUAUGUACAAUUUUACAAAAUUACCAAAUAUUACCAUGACAAUCAUUAGAUUUAAAAUAAAUAAAUUAUAGCAUUCCUUCCUAAAGAAAACCAGUACUAAAAUUUAACUGACACGUCUCAGAUCUCAAUGCCAGUUUACCCUUUAUAUUGCAGUUGAAAACAGUCGUGCCUGAAAGUUUAAACAGUCAAAAAGACCUUAAUUAUUUAAUUAUUCACCCUUAGUCAUUUACUUUCUUCGAUAUUAACACUCUUCAGCUAUUUUUCGUCCCAUUUAUUUACACUUUCAAAGACAAACUUUAUUGAAAAGGUCUGUCUAAUGAAUUUAAAAUGCAUGAAAUGCCUUAAUAUUAUUCCUGGAUAUUAAUGUAAUCAAUUUGCUCGCAUAUUGGUUAUAGGAGAAAACACACUCUGUGAAUCUAAACUUCAGGGAACAAUUUCUCUUCGAAAUAUUUAAGCAAGACAUUACUUUCUGUUGUAGGUGUUGGAAGAAAAUAUAAUGUAUGGUGUGACAGAUUAUGUAUAGAAGAUCUCUUGUGCAAUUUCCUUUCUUCAUAAUUCCACUUUGUGCUUUGAGAUAAUAUGUGCAUGUUCUGUGGAAAAACAUAUUUGUAAACUGUUGUUGUAAAAUGUGUAAAUUGCAUGUAAAAGCAUGUGAAAUGUGCAAGUGUGGAGAAUUAAGAUUUUGAUGAAAAAAAAAUCCCAACACUUUCUUGAACCCAGCAAAACUCUGAUAUAAAACAUAAAUCUUA